UUGAAAUUGUAAAAAUCAUGAAGAAAGAGUGUAAAUGUAUGUAUCGAAUGAUUCUGAAAAUAUUUAAAUCGCAUAUUAUCACGUUUCAAAAGAUUUUAUACGUGACAUGAUGAAUAAAUUGAUUCCGCAUUUUAUUGCAGAUUGUGCACAAUUCUGCAUAAAUAUUAUAUAUUUACAGGUUGUAUAGGUAAAAUUUCACGUUCGUACGCUACUCAUUAAAGAUACAAACUCAGAAUAAUAAUAACAAGCACAAUAAACAUUUGAUGAGUGUCUCUCUUUUUUUUCGCCCAACACAUUCAUAUACGCUGAUUUUAGCAUAUCUUAUUCUUGUGAAAUUUGUGCCUUUACGUGAGGACUUUGAUCAAGUACGUAAAAUUUAGAGAAAUCUUCUUAGUAUAGAUUGCUACGAGGAAAGAAUAAGAAAAAAGAUGAAACUCGCAUUUCUAUUAUUGCUGUCCAGUUUCGUGUUCUUUGGACUCGUUUCAGGGACGGAAAAUUAUACGGAUAUAUAUGACAAUGUAGACAUAGAUGCAGUUCUUAAUAGUGAUCGUCUUUUAAAUCAAUAUUUGGAUUGCAUUCUCGAAAAAGGUUCCUGUACGGCCGAUGCACGCAGUCUUAAACGUAUACUUCCAGAAGCAGUAGCUACAAUUUGCGAAAAGUGCAAUUUAAAACAAAGACAAGGAGCAAGAAAAAUAGGCAAUCAUUUGAAAAAAUAUAAACCAGAGCUCUGGACGAGAUUUCUUGAAAAAUAUGACCCAAACAAAGAGUAUGUUGCAAAUUUCGAACAAUUUCUAGCACAAGUAGAAUAAUUUGUUAGUUUUCAUUUAUAUAUUACAUAUGAAUAAUUUAGUUUCUCUAUCGGUCAAUCAAUAUCAUUUAUUU